UGAGUAAACGAUAGGAUACUUUGAUUUAGAACAAUGCAGAGAUUUUCCAGUAUGACUGUACAGGCUAGAAAUGUGAAGAGGGAUCUUGCAACGAUUACAAUAUUGUUACUGUUUAUGAUUGCCCUUGUUAAUACUGUUGUUUACAUUUGUUCCAUCUGGGGUGGCACUUUUAAGUUAUUUGUUGAUAAUUCAAUUCGCAAAACAGUGAUUAUCUUCCAAAGCCCACCUCGGCAAAUCAUAAUCCCUCUAAAUUGCAGCAUCAGAAACCAAACACAAUCUUGUCCUUCAAAUUACCCUAAAAUUUUCCAGACAAAAGACCGUAGAAUCCCAUCAUCAUUUCAGCGUAAAUGCCCGGAAUAUUUUCGCUGGAUCCGCGAAGAUUUAAGGCCCUGGAAUAGCACAGGAAUCAGCCGGGAGAUGGUGGAAAGAGCUAAUCAAACGGCUAAUUUUCGCCUUAUAAUUGUGGACAAGAAGCUGUAUAUCGAGAAGUACCGGGGAACAUUUCAAACAAGAGAUGUGUACACUAUAUGGGGCAUCUUGCAACUUCUUCGGAGGUAUCCUGGAGGGCUACCUGACUUAGAGUUGAUGUUUCACUGUGGCGAUUUGCCGGUCAUCCGUUCAAGAGUCUACAGUGCACCGAAUUCAUUAGCCCCACCUCCAUUGUUUGCGUACUCUGGCCGUAAGUCGACCUUGGACAUUGUGUUCCCUGAUUGGUCGUUUUGGGGAUGGGAGGAGAUAAAUAUAAAACCAUGGACCAGUUUGUUAACAGAACUUAAAGAAGGCAACAAUAGGACAAAAUGGAUAGAUAGGAUACCUUAUGCUUACUGGAAAGGAAAUGCUUUCUCAGGCUCUAAAUCUAGAGUAGACCUUCUUUCAUGCAAUGUCUCCGAUAAACAGGAUUGGAAUGCUCGAAUUUAUAACCUGAAUUGGACACGGGAGGUCAAGCAAGGCUUUAAGCAAUCAGACUUAGCAAGCCAAUGCACACACAGGUACAAAAUCUACAUUGAAGGAAAUGCAUGGUCCGUCAGUGAAAAAUACAUUCUAGCCUGUGACUCUAUGACAUUGUUUGUAAAUUCCAAGUAUUAUGAUUUCUUCACAAGAUAUCUACAGCCUAUGCAGCACUUCUGGCCAAUAAGGGAUGACCAGAAGUGCAAAUCCAUCAAGUUUGCUGUAGAUUGGGGUAAUUUUUAUAAACAAAAGGCACAAGAAAUUGGAAAAGCAGCUAGCAAAUUUAUUCAAGAAGAACUGAAAAUGGAUUUCAUAUAUGAUUACAUGUUUCAUCUGCUAAAUGAGUAUGCAAAGCUGUUGAAGUUCAAACCCAAGGUACCUGAUGGAGCUGUUGAGGUAUGCUCAGAGACAAUGGCUUGUGGGGCAAAAGGGUUGCGGAAGAAGUUCAUGAUGGAAACAUUGGUUAAAGGUCCUUCCGUUACAAAUCCAUGCACCUUGCCUCCUUAUGACUCUAAAGUUCUUGAUUCUUUCGAAAGGAAAAAAAUUGAUGCAGUGAGGCGGGUGCAUAAUUGGGAGGAUAAACACCCGGGAAGUUUCAAUUUAAGCAGUAGCUACAGCAACUGGAUCCAUAUCUCCAAUAACAGUCAGCUUAUGCUCGUUCAGAUCAGCUGCGAUUGAAUCUACUCCUGUUACGUAUACAUGUUUCAGAAACCCACAAACAUUAUUGAUCAGUUGAAAAGAAUAAAAUAAGAAGUUAAGAAAUUAAGAAGUAAUAU